CAUUGCCAGACUGGCAUAUAUUUUCACUUUCAUUAGUUUUCGAGUUUAAUACAUGUAUUAAUUUGAACUGGUAUUUAACCAUAAAAGUGGACUGAAAGAUGUUUACAUCUGCUGGGGUUCAGUUGACCAAAUUGGACUCUUUUUAAUGAAUCUGUUCAGUUAACCGAUUCAGCGAGUCAAUACGCAAAAGUAAUGCCACAAUUCAUUAUUUUUCGUGCAUUAACAAGGUUAAUAUGCCGAAAACCAUGUCUAAUCAACGGGAUUUGAAUAAUUAAGUCAAUAAUUCAACUGAAUCAUCAGAAAGAAUCGUUUAAUGUGAUUCACUUCAAAUGGAGCUCUCUUUCACAGUUUGCUGUUUCUCAGAGAGUGAGGAUCAUUAUGAACGCCCAUGGAGACUCGUGUUUAUAGAAACCAGACAUAACACACCUCUGACAGCUGCAGAACAUGGACUCCACGAAUAAACAGAGCUCAAUUAACCAACUUCAGGAGCAAAUUCACUCUCUGACUGAAGAAAAUGUACAGCUGCGGGAACGAAAUGAAGCGCUGUUUAGUAAGCUUGACUCGGUCCAGAACAAACUGGGCCUGCAGGCUGUGUCAAAAAGCGACCUGUCAGUCAAACUGGUCCAGUGUGAGGAAGACAAACUGAAGAUCUCAAAAGACCUUGUUGAUGUGCAGAUUGAGGCCAAUAAAAUGAGAGAGCAGUAUGAAGCGGAGAUCUUUAAACUGAAAAACGUGGGAGUGCAGAAUAACCUGAGAGACGAGUUAGAGAAACUGAGGAAAAGCUACGAGGGGCACCAACGACAGCUAGAGGAGAAAGUGUGA